UCGAAAUAUGGCGGACGAGGCGAACGAGACAUCAGAGAGCGAGUCAGUUGUCGAUCCUGCUAUGGUUACUCUUAUAGGAAAAGUUAAUUCACUUCAUGAAGAAUGCAUUAAAAUCCGACAGAGUACAUCAGACGCUGGUGAGUUAAAUUUAUUAGAAAAAGCAGAGGCCAAGUGCAAAAUGUGCCUUCAACUCCUGGAAACAGGUCAAGCUGCAGCUGGGAAAAAGGCAGUACUUUUCAAAGUUCUCCAACAUUACUCACAGGCUCUUCUUGACGAAACAUAUGUUCUGGAGUGUAGACUGGUAAAUGCGGAUUUCCCAGAAGACAGAUGUAAAGGAGACAUAAAGCAUUUAAUUGGCCAAUUGGACCAGCCUGAGGAGCUGGUGAAAGAAAUGCUUGGAUCAGAGUACAAAUCUGGACAAAUUCUAGGCUCAGAUAUACUAGAAUGCUUGUUUUGGAGGCGUGGAGCUCUGUUCUACAUGUACUGCCAUACGUUGUUUAAUGAUCCACAAAGAAGGAAGCUUGAUACAACACACAUCAGACAGUGUGCCGAGUCAGGAGUCAAAUAUCUGGAGGCCAUGUUAUGUGUUCGUUCACCGCUGAUGAUGGAUGCGAUGACAGAUGUUUCAGCAAAGAAUGAAGACAUGAUGCAGCUUCUGAAAGAAGGUAUCUUUAGUGAUACUCACCUCCUCGCUCUUAUGUACUCUGGUGAACUGUGUUACUGGCAUUGGAAGAUUGUAAAGGAAACAACUACAGAUCAGUCUGUGAAAGAGUCGAGCGAUGCGGAUGAAAAUUGUUCAGGGAACUUUAAUUCUGUAUCAAAUGGAAGGCGACUUCUUCAAAAGUUUGUGAACAUUGUACAGGACUGUUUUAAAGGAAGAGGCUGGGAUUGUUCUAGGGCUGAACAAAUUUUGGCUGAGUUUCCUGAAUGUUAAUCGUUUGAAAUAUUUUUCCCAUGAAGAGACGCUAUGGUUAAGUUUUGUAAACCCAAAACAACAGUAAUCGCCACAACCAAACAUAUGAAGGGAAAAUUUCGCAAGGAUGUGAUGAAAAACCAUAGAAGAAACAAGCAAACUUUAUGAAGAGUGGGAAAAUGAAAGUCACUGAAAAGUAAGCGUUUUUAGUUUUGUAUGUUAGUAAUUGAUUGGGUGGCAAGGGCUUUCUAGUCCAAUCACAGAGCGUUCUGAAAAAGAAAAUUAAACCCCCAAAAAAGACACAAACAAAAAGGCAAUCCCCGAUUGCUUUUAACGCAGAAUUGAAAGUGUCCCGAAUUGCAAUUUCAGCUGUCACCAGCGUCUCAACUCUUUAUUGUACGUGUGAGAAAAGCUGACCCGUUGUAUGAUAGGAAGUCUGCUAUUCAGAGUAUUUGGUUGAAGACGGUGAAAAAGAUGAUGAAACAGGGUCAGAAAAGAAUCACUGGAAAGGACAAGUUACUGAUGCAAUUGUUUUUACACGACUGGCCGCUCAAUCCGUGGAAACAUUAUAACAAAAUGACGGUGUUGAACGCAAAGUAGAUUUACUACAAUGUUCAAGUUUAUUAACAAAGUGUCGAUCCUAACUGGAAGAUGUAAAUAGAAUCGUUUUGCCUGAAUAGUUUAUGAAGAGUGACUUAAAUUCUGUUUUACUACUUACUUAAGUACUUGGAGCUUUACUCUAAGGAGUCAACAAAGGGAAAUUAAUCCUUUCAUCCUUUCAACGUGAAAGAAAAAUAUUAACUGGGGAGUAUUGUUUGGUUUAACACCAAAUUCUUAGCACUCAAAAUACAAUAAAUGUACGAUGGACGGUAUGGAGAGUUGAUAUUUAGAUCUGGAAAGUAGGAGAGCUAAAGAACAACAUCAUACCGUCACCUUGUUAUUUUUAGAUUUAUCGUUAAAUAUGCUUUUUCAAAGACGAAUAUAAAGGAAAGUUGAGAUUUUUUUUUACUUUUUCGUUUUGCCUUUGGAUCAGUUCGCAUUUUCGAUGAAUCCGUGUGCUUCUAUAAAUAGACGAAACACAAUUUGAAAAAUACUUUCAGCUUGGAGUCAAGGAGAGUGUUUUGGUCCACCAUCUCUCUUUAUCUUUCCGUACAUCUCGUCAUUUCUGUAUCUAUUUACAUCAAUUAAUUGUACCUAUUGCAUCAACCGGAAGAGAAUUAAAUUAUGUGUGACAAUG